AUGGCGGCAAACGCACCCUACUUUCAGAUCCGCUCCGGCCGACUCGUCACCACUCCGAGCAGUACAAACGCGACGCCGUCCCACUUCGUUCCUGAGGAUGAUGAAUAUGAUCCCUCCGUCUCCGAUGUCGCCUCGCCACAUGAACAUACCUCAGCUUCGUACUACGAACGCCCCGUUCGUCAAACCUCAGCGGACACACCGGUGAAUACAUCUGAGGAGAACCAUAAUCUUGCCGAUUUGCUGAAAGCAGCUACCACGGCUGCAGGACAGGCUGCUCAAGCUAUGGACGCUCAGGAUGCAGGCGCGGCGACCAGAGCGGCGCAGGAAGAGGGCAAGAGGAAGAGAAACUUAGACUCUCAUGCCAGCGCUGCUGCCGAGACUUCACAAACGGAACCUGCUGGCACUACAAAGCGUCGACGAGUAGACGUGCCUACAGAUCCUCAGUUACAGGCUACCGAACAGGGGUCCCGCGCCAGUUCGAAGAGUAACAGUGUGCCGCUGUCUGGUGAGUCCCUGCUAAAUGAAGCUCGCUCAACAGGUGUCCACUCCGCCGCAGCCCUCUUCCGCCGCACCUCAGACAAGACAGCGACUCGCAAAUACACCAGACCGCCCAUGUCGAAGCUCUUCAUGUCUCUACAGCUCACGCCCGAGAACUUCCUACAACUCCAAGCUCAGGCCAAGACGUACAUGCUCGAUACAACAUACCCGGAAAGGCAAAACUGUGUUGGAAACCGUGGCAAGGGAGACACUGACAUGGUCAAGUUGCGUCUAUUCAACUGUGUGCGGGACUUCCUGAGCGAUGGCGCUGGUGAGCAGUUCUUCGGCGAGAAUGUCGAGAAGCCAGGAGAGAUGGAUGCGAUCGAAGCUGCUCGUGCGCUCGGUGAACACAACGCUCCAGGCCACGAAGAGAGAUUGACCUGGCCGAGAGAUGGCAAUAAGAUCAUCAGUCUCGUUACGCCGCUCAUGAGACGCAUGGUCACAAACGAGCGCCAGCGCAUGUACGCCAUUGAGACGAGAAAGGGAGGUGCCAAGAAGAAGGAUAAGGACGGCAGCGUGGAAGCUGUUGCUCAGCAGGUGGUUCAGAGUCCCAACAUCAACAUAUUCCUCGUCUUUGCGCCCCAUUUGCCGUCUGGCGAUGAACUCAAGCCUAGCGUGAAGCUCGACCAGACACGCCUCUCAUCAACCCACAUCCCCCAGCUUACCACCUACCCAUGGCAAGAUUUCGCUAGCCAAGUCACCAAGCUGCUCACCAAAGCCAAGACCAGCUACCCUGCCAUCCGAGCACGUCUCGCCAUGCGGCAAGGCAGCUCCACAGCCAAGACAGACACACUCACUGACAACUUGCAAGAGCUCGCCGCAGCUGCGAAUGCAAUGCAGGGCGACGACACCGACCCGCUUGCAAAGGAGCCCACUCACGAGGCCGCGCUCCUCCCACGACAUGUCAUCAAGACUGUUGGCCCGACUGGCUGGGAAUACAUCGCGGAUGCAGAGCAGUGGGCUGACUUACUGGCGCGGAGAAGUCGGGAGGUCUGGGCUGAUGGGGUUGUCAAUGUCGUUGUGGAACUUGUUGAUGUGGGGGUGGAAGAGGUUGGCGAAGACAGAUCUUGA